CGUGACCAGCGCCUGCCCGCGAGCGGUGCCUCUGCGACCGUCUUCCGCCGCCCUCUUGUGGGUCCGAGUCGGGCACCAGACGCGCCGCUCCUCACCGCGUCCCUUGGUCCAACUCACCCAUCGAUCUCCCCACCUGCGGCUCGCCAUAUGCACCCCCUCGUGCUGGUUUCUAUCAAUGCAUCUGCAAGCAAGGAGCCCACUGGAACGUGAUAUUCAUUUGUCGACGAACGUGGACGGACUUGAUAUCUCAGGUCUACACUGGUCUCCGUACGACACUUCACUUCAACAGACAACGCCGACAUGGUCGGCACGUCAACUUCACUCGCCGGGCAGCCUUCGCUGCCCGCCUGUACAAAGUUACUUGCGCUCUCCAGAAUCCACGGUGUCGACUCGUCCAUCGCCCGUACGCGUACACAUACGAGCGGCCUACUACGCAACGAAACUCAGAAAUCCAACAACUCGACAACCUCGCACGCGCGAUCGGGGAGGUGAUGCCCGUCCGGGCUCGAGCUGCGCCGGCCAGCAUGAGACCGUCGCACAGCUACGCCCACAACCCUCCACGCAUCACACUCCCAUUCCCCGCACUGACACAGCUGUGCGUCGACGUGCCGAGCCGCACGGAGGCCGCCUCGAGAGCGGCCGGGAAUCAAACCCGUCGCCCGAUCCAGCCGUAUCCCCAGCCUCGAUCCGAGGACCUCGUCUGGCAUGGAAAGCGUGGAAGGUGGCGGACGGACACGAUUUACCGCGGCGCAGCAGCUACUUACACGCGAGGGAGGGCGUGCGCUCGCAUGGCGAGUUUGUCGUAUUGGGAUUGGUGGGGCGGCGGCGUGUAAGGCAGGCGUUGUGGCGCGAGCUGGACGGAAAUAGGUUUGCGCAGAGUUAUACAACGGCGAUUGCGACAAUUGAGUCAUGAUAGCCAACUUGCGCAACAACGCAUUCGAAACGCGCAGCAGAUGCGGGGAUAGCUUGUACAGACGACAUACAAAAGGCUCGUGGGAGACAAAUGGGGACACACCUGCACAUCUGUCCAUGCGGCGGGGGGCCGGGGGCGUGCGUAGUGGAUGCGAAUGGCGAGACGGGUGGCAUAGGAUGUUCCGAUUUGUGUCGCUACAGGCAGGCAGGGAUACUGGAUGAAAAGUGGGCAAGACAGAUGAGCCGCUUGGCACGCCAAGAUCGAUGCAGACGAGUGCACAGAGGGUUGACAGGGAGAGGCGACCGAAAGCGGGGAGCAGGUGGAACGCACGAGGAGGACGGAAGUCGCGCGAAGCUGUGCACGAGAAGGCAGAAAGGCCGAGGUCGCCGGGGACGCAUGGCCGCCAGUCGGGCGACCGGGCUUGGGGGCGGCGGCGCUGUGGGCGGCGGCGCUGUGGUCGGCGUGGGGUCGAC